GAUCAGUUGACGCGACGCUAACUCAACAAAAUCUCAACAUAACAGAACACUUGAAUAUCAUUUGCAUAUAGUGAUUGUCCAACUUCUGAGUACACCAAAGGAUGUUUGCAUUGGACAAACGCCAUUUUAUGAUAUCAGGCUCCCAAAAAAACCAAGGCAAACACUGAUAUCCCUGUGGUGAUCUAGAAACCACAUGUGAGGUUUUUUGAUUGUCAGCAAAGGCCCUUGGUUAGGGAGUAGGUGUUGCUUGUAUGUAAGAGGCGUACCGUUUGUUGCUUGGUCCAACAGUGGUGUUUGUGCGCCUUCCAACAUGGCUACGCACGUAGCUUCGCGACUUGCAGCACUUGCCCUCUUGGCAGUAUUUCUCCGAGUGUCCGCCCAAAAUGCAGCCCAAAGGGCAUCUAGCUUGCAAAACCAAGUGAAGAAGUAUCAAGACAGCCGGGCAGAUAUCGUGUUUUUGUUGGACAACUCCGGCAGCGUUGGACGAUAUAACUUUGAGGAGGUAGAGAUCGCCUUCGUUGAGAACUUGUUGAGCCAGCUGACCAUCAGUCCCCAGGCCUCGCGAGUCGCCGUCGUGUCGUUUGACGAUGUUGCCCGAACGCACAUCGACUACAUCAAGUACCCCAAGAACAAGUGCUCGUUCCUGAGGGAGCUGAAGACGGUGAAGUACAUUGGAGAGUGGACCAACACUGAGGAUGCUUUCCGCUUAGCACAGGAGCUGUUGCGACCACCGUCUGCUUUCAAGAAUGAGAGGCCUGUUAAGCAAGUAGUGAUUCUUUUAACGGACGGUCGCCCGACUCGAGGUGGCGAUCCUGUUGCACGGGCCAAUAACCUCAAGUCUGUCUACAACGCAGAGAUAUUCAGCAUUGGUAUCGGCGGCAACCUCAACAAGCAGCAGCUGGAGGAUUGCGCCACAGACGCCCAACACUUGUACCUUUCUCCAAACUUUGUAGACUUCAAGGAUCUUGCAAAACGAAUAAGGGGAGACCCCUACGCAAAGCGGUACGUGACUGACGGAGUGACGUCUGGAGACUGCUCUUCACCAAGCUGCGGCUCCAACUCCGAAUGCACGUGCGGGUCGGAGACCGGAGAGUACGAGUGCGCCUGCAAGCCAGGCUACUACGGAACAGGCAGAGGAGCACCGUGCACACCUUGUCCGAAGGGCCGCUACAAGGAGCUCCUGGCGCCCAGCGUGUCGGGAUGCCCGGGGACCUGCCCGGCUAAGAGCAGCACCAGAGGCACGGCGUCCACCAGUCCGAACCAGUGCGUCUGUAACGAGGGGCACGAAGGAAACCCCUGGGACCCAGGAUGCAAACCUGUCCGCUGUGACCCAAAACUGGAGUCUCCGGACGGAGGAACCAUGCAGCCCGCAAACUGUAACAACCAGUAUCUGACGAAGUGCCAAUUCCAAUGCAGCUACGGGUACAAAAUGUUGAGGGGAACACCGGAAAGGACGUGUCACGCUAACAAGACGUGGAGCGGAGCCCCUAUCAUCUGCCAAAAAAUAGAGUGUCCGGGUCUGGCACUGCCCUCAGACGGACAGAGGGCGUGUGUGACGUCAGAUGGGCAACAGGCGACUGGGAGUUUUCCUUACGAAACGACUUGUACAUUCACCUGUAACCAAGGGUACACCUUACAGGGAAGCAGUGUGCGGAAGUGCUUACAGGAAGGAAAGUGGGACGGCACGGAGGCAAAAUGUCUCGUUAAAAAGUGUGACCCCUUACCGAUGGUGGUAAACGCCACCGUGAGUCCGUCUACCUGUGUGAGCGCGGCCCAGAAGUUCGAUACAGCCUGUCAGUUCACCUGCCAAGAUGGAUACAGGAUGGACGGAACUCCCAACAGAGUCUGUCUGGAAGACGGCAGCUGGUCAAACCAGCAACCAACAUGUAUAGAUGAACAACCACCGCGCUUGGUCAUCGGGUGUCCAACGGACAUCGUGAACGGUACAGAAGAGGGUCAGAACUACCUGACGGUCAACUGGACCGUUCCUGCCGCUGUGGACAACUCGGGGAAGCCGCCCAAGAUGACCGUGACGCCGGCUGGCAUCAAACCCCCUCACAAGUUCCCCAUCACGACUGGCCUACCUACUGUUGUAAAGUACACCUUCACUGAUGACAACGGGAUGGAAAACUCCUGUUCUUUUGACGUAAAGGUUAUAGACACUGAGGAUCCUAAGCUCACCCAACAUUGCUCCAAUAUCAAGAUGGAAACAAAGGACGAGUCAGUGAACGUAAACUGGACAGAACCGGUCUUCACCGACAACUCCAAACAAGCCGUGAGAGUGAACUGUGACAAGGACAGCGGGCAACGCUUCUACUGGGGAACGACUUGGGUCACGUGUACGGCACGUGAUAUCAAUGACAACAUGGCCGAGUGUCGUUUUUACGUGACCGUCAGCCCCACAAGGUGCCCCCACCAAGAUCCACCAAUCAACGGCGCUCUCUCAUGCGACCGUUGGCUUUACGGCCAGUUCUGCAGCGUACAGUGCGAGGAAAGAUUUGAUUUCUACACCGAACCCGCCCGCAUGUAUGUCUGUGGUUCGUCUGGGCAAUGGAGAACAGACCCCCCCGGCAAAGAGACCAAAUGGCCAGAUUGCUCACUGAAGCGAAUUCCAGGAUACUCCAAAGGAAUCGAGUUCCAGUACUACGUCGGUGACUGUGAGGAUGAGGAGACCCAGAAGCAGAUCAAACAAAACUUUAUCGACCUCUUCAACAGCACGGUUUUCGGGAGGUUUGGUGGGUGUGUGGGAAACGUCAAUUGUAGUGUGGACAACGUGGCUGUGUUCUGUGGGGAGAAGGACGAAGACAUCGUGGUGGACUGGAAUCCAGAGGAAGACGGAGGACUGGAUGGUCCUUCCAGGAAGAGACGGUCGGUGAAGAGACGCGGUAGACUUAUCACCAUCCGUCUUUUCAUCAAGGCACAGUACAAGAACGCAGAUCCUGUACAGGGAGAGACAACGGAGGUUAAGAAGAAAAUGAGACAACUGAAGGAUGACAUGAAUGAAAUUGUGAAGGCGGCGAAGGAAGAUGUUCGGACAGGGCAGCUGAGUGACAUGUCAGUGAUGGCUGGCGGAAGGCGGAGGGGCCAGAUGCUGGCCCUUGCCAGGGUGAGUGGGUCAGACGGAGAGGACAUUGGAAUAACAGACCUGGACACGGAGGCGGUUCUCAGCUGUGACAGAGGAAAGGUUCUGGAGGAAAAUCUCUGUGUUGACUGCCCUGUUGGUACAUACUACACCGACGUCAGUGGCGAGGCCACAUGUGACGUCUGUCCGGUGGGCUCCUAUCAGGACGAAGAAGGACAGACCGAGUGUAUCCAGUGUGAACCUGGAUUCUUCACUGCAGGCAACAACAGCAAGAACGCUACAGACUGCAGGAGCCAGUGUCAGCCGGGGACGAUUUCAGACACGGGAUUAGAGUCCUGCAUGUUCUGCCCAAAGGGCACGUAUCAGAACCAACAGGGAGCCACUGAGUGUAUCCCGUGUGAGGAGGGCACAACAACAGGAGAUGUAGGCACUGUGGACAGGGAGGACUGCAGCAGGUUGUGCGUACCUGGUAGCUACUCCCGGACCGGUACAGACCCGUGUGACCUGUGUCCAGUCGGGACGUUCCAAUCCGCACAUGGUCAAACCGAAUGUUUGUCAUGUCCACUGGGCACGGGUACAGAUGCCGUGGGGUCGGAGGCCUCAAGCGACUGUGUUGAGCUUGACUACUGCCAGUCCUCGCCUUGCCAAAAUGGCGGAUCGUGCACCAUGCAGGGGUCAGAGUUCAUCUGCUUGUGUCCAGCUGGGUUUGAAGGUGACAUGUGUGACGUCAAUGUGGAUGAGUGCGCGUCGAUGCCAUGUUACUCCUUAGCCACCUGUUUGGAUAGAGUUGCCGGGUAUGAGUGCGUUUGCGCUUCCGGUUGGACUGGUGAACGGUGUGACGUCAACAUCGAUGAGUGUGCGCCUUCGCCGUGUUUGAAUGGAGCAACUUGCGUUGAUGAGGACAACGACUUCCUGUGCCUGUGCGCGGAUGGAUACAGCGGUGCGUUCUGUGAAGUCAACAUUGACGAUUGUAGUGACAGCCCGUGUAACGACACCGCUGUGUGUGUGGAUCUGGUGGACAGUUUCCAGUGCCUCUGUCAGGACGGCUACACUGGCAAGUACUGCGAGGUCGACAUCAACGACUGUGAGGCACAACCCUGUCAGAAUGGCGGAAAGUGCACGGAUGAGGUUGGAAGGUACACCUGCCAGUGCACACCUGGGUUUGUCGGCUACAACUGUGAACUGAAUGUCAACGAGUGCGCGUCAAACCCCUGUCUGAACCGUGCGUACUGUGAGGACAAGAUCAACUCAUAUCAGUGUCACUGUGCACCGGGGUUCGGAGGGACACACUGUGAAGACGAGCUUUCUGCAGAUUUUGACCUGAAAUUCCCCAAGGGAAUGUUGUCCGAGUUCACCUCUGGUAAAAUAGAUCGAGAUCUUCCGGCUGUGACAGUUGCCUUCUGGAUGAAGAUGGCUCAGGACAAGAAGGGCCACAAAUACGUCUUCUCCUACGCAGCAGAAGAAAAUGGCGUGGUCCAAGACAACGCUCUUGUUAUUGAGGUGGACAACUUUAACGAGUUCCUGUUCAUGAUCAACGGAGAGAAGAUCACGACCACCGCUUCAGUAGAGGACGAGGCGUGGCACCAUUACGCUUUUACGUGGUCUUUGGUUUUGCAGUGCCCCGCUGGUUAUCAACUGUUCAGAGACGUCUGCUACAAGGUGUUCGACAGUGAAAAGGACUACUUCGCGUCGAAAGCUGUGUGUGAAGAGGAUGGUGGCACUCUGGCAAUGCCGCGGGACCAGUCUGUUAACAGUUUCCUGAUCAAGCUAAGGUCUUCACUAAACCGGAACGUUAGGUACUGGAUAGGACUAACGGAUAGAGAGAAGGAGGGAACGUGGAGUUGGACUGAUGGAAGACCACUGGGCCCCUUCUCCAGUUGGGCAGACGGGGAGCCGAAUAAUGCCGGGAACGAAGACUGCGUUGUUUACGCCGCUCACCCAUCAGUACGGGACAGGUGGAACGACGUGCCAUGCUCUCUCCGCUACAGAUUCAUCUGCCAAAAACCUGCUACGGUUCUACAGUGUCCUGCCGGAUAUCAACCCUUUAGAGGUGCAUGCUAUAAGGCUUACGACACUGAGAAGGACUACGCCGAGUCAGAGGCAGUCUGUACGUCAGCCGGCGGGACCUUGGCCAUGCCGCAGGACAGUUCACUCAACACCUUCCUCAUUACACUGAAAAAUGCACUGAAUCCUGGAGUCCGAUAUUGGAUCGGCCUUAGCGAUAAAGCAAAGGAAGGAGCUUGGCGAUGGAGUAACAACAGGCCCAUAGGAGACUUCUCAAGUUGGGCUGAGGGGGAACCGAACAACGCAGGGAACGAAGAUUGUGCGGUUUACGCUGCUCACCCCUCAAUAAAGGACAAGUGGAACGACGUCCCGUGUACGCUUCGCUACCGGUUUAUCUGCCAAGUACCGGCAACUGGCUCCGCGGAGGAACAGUGGACUUUCUACGUGGACGGUAAGCGGGUCGCCGGAGGUUCCGAGGGCGGCGGAGGACGGCUCAUUCCCGGCGGAGGGACGAUAGUCCUGGGGCAAGACCAGGAUGAGAUCCUCGGAGGAUUCGACAGCAAGGAAUCGUUCAAGGGGGAGCUUAGCAGGUUAAACGUGUGGGACCACGCCCUGACGGAAGCACAGAUCUCAGUGAUGUCGCGUCACUGCACGGACGACUCCGGAAACGUCCGAGCCUGGCCGGAUUUCAGAGCAGCUUCUGAAGGCCUUGAAGUCAGACAGGGGUCAGCUUUCUGUGCUGGGAAGCCAUCUCUAGCAGACGUGAAUGAGUGUGCAUCUAACCCCUGGCCCUGCAUGAACGGAGGGUCGUGUGUUGAUCACAUCAACACUUUCACCUGUCUCUGUGCACCAGGAUAUAGUGGGAUAAACUGUCAAACAGACAUCAACAAGUGCGGCCCGAACAACGCUCCGUGUGAUCACAGGUGCCAUGACAGAGGCUCUGGAUACAAAUGUAAAUGCAAGAAAGGGUUCGAGCUAUACAACGAGGUCCAUUGCAUAGAUGAAAACGAAUGUGCUACAAGAAAUGGCGGCUGUGAUCACAACUGCAUCAACACUCCCGGUUCGCGGGUGUGCUCAUGUUACCCUGGAUACGUCCUUGGUGCUGACCAGAAGUCCUGCGUAGAUGUCGAUGAAUGCGCCGGUAUCGAACUGAGGGACGGCCAACAACUACAAAAUGGCGGCUGUAGCCACGACUGCGUCAACCUGGAGGGCAGCUAUGAAUGCAGAUGUCCAACAGGACUUGUUUUGAGUGAAGACGGCAGAUCUUGUCAAGACAUUGAUGAAUGUGAAACUGGUACGGCAGAUUGUUCUCAACUCUGCAUCAACACACUUGGGUCCUUCCAGUGCGCCUGCCACCCCGGGUAUACUUUACUUCCUGAUGGCAAGAUGUGCCAAGCCGGUACAAAGGGACAGCUAGGUAAAUACAGAAGCCUUGGCUGCUGGAAAGACAAGGGAAAUCGCGCCAUUCCGCCACUUGAGGGGAAAGAUCCUCGUCUGGAUGGGCAGUACAGAAGGCGUCAGGAUCCCAUUGAGAAAUGCUACCAAGUAGCCAAGGACAGGGGUUUCCGUGUUUUUGCCAUCCAACACAGUGGAUGGUGCGCCUCGUCAGCAACAGCGAGGGACACGUACCAGAAGUAUGGCCCGGCUACCAACUGUGCAGCGGACGGGGAGGGAGGGGGAUGGGCGAACGAAGUCUACGAAAUUAUGUCGGAAACAGUCUCCGCCUGCGAGAGGAAGACCUUGCAGUUGUCUUGCCCUGCGGGAGAAACUCUCUUGAUCGAUGAUGCCAACUACGGCCGGACGUCCACUUCGCACGCCUGUCGCUGUAGCAAAUGCGUCACAAACUGCCGAGCAGCCAACAGCCUGUCCAUAGUGAGGGACGCCUGCCAAGGUUCACAGCGAUGCACGGUACCGGCUAAAAACGGAGUCUUCGGCGACCCUUGUGUCGGUACCCAGAAGUACUUGGAAGUGACAUACCGCUGUGUCACAGCUCGCUCCUGUAGUAAUCUUCCUGAUGUUGAACACGGCAUCUUUGAGGUGUCUCCUACAGACGGUACGGUAGGACGUGUGGUGUGUAACGACGGGUACCGCGUACUGGGGAACCCCGAGCUGCGGUGUGACAUGACCGGUCACUGGGGAGGGUCACUCCCGAGGUGUAUAGUACACGACUGUGGAAUGCCGAAGCAGCUGAAGAACGGAGCUCGGCUAGGAUCGGGUCAUUCCGUGGAGUACUACUGUAACGAGGGAUACGCCAUGGUGGCAGGUGACGGAGAAAGGACCUGUCAAUUAAAUGGCGUUUGGAGUGGAGAACAACCCGUCUGUAAAAAGGCAGACUGUCCCCAGCUGCCGAAACAUGAAGGUCGAAUUCGGGUCCUCGGGUCCCAGCUGAUAGCAGGGAGCAUGGUGCGGUUCGUGUGUCCACCUGAGUACGAGCUUCUUGGGCCGGCAACUUCCACCUGCCGCGCUAACGGACAAUGGUCCCACGGCAAUAGCCUCCCAGAAUGUGACAAAAACCAAACGGAGAAUUGAGGGGGAUUUCAUCGUCAAGACAUUGGAUGCUCAAAUAAAGCAUUAAAUACAAUUUCUAACAACUUUCAUUCUGAUUGCCGAUGAUUGUCAUAUGUUUUAAUUGCAAUAAGAUCAUUUUGUUAUCAUUAUAACAGCAAAGUGAAAACUACGAACAGAAUACUUUUGUACAUGUUGUGAUAUACAGAAGCUAUUAUGAAUUUCACAUUUUUCCACUCGUUUUAGCAUGACAUAUGAUGAAUAUUUGAGUUUGAUAUUGCACCUACGUGUAAAUAGUGGUAACUUGCCCUAUCAUUUUAUAAAUUAGUCUUUCUUUUAAUACUUAACAGGUAGUAAUGCUGAAAAAAUGUCGUUUCGAUUUUAAGCUACACUACAUAAACCUUCAGCACAAAAAAAAACUUGGCCUAUCUGAAAAGGCCUAUCUGAAAACGAAACUUGUGAGCAUUGUAUGGAGACAGUUUACAUCGGAUUCUGCUUGUGCCACAAUGAAAAUAAGUUUUAUGUGAACAUACAAAUAUGUGUGUCAUGAUACUAAGACAAUAAAGCACGGAGACUAUA